AUGAUACAUACGGUGCGUGGAGCAGUGGGUGUAGAAGGAAGGCGAUCAAUUCGACAGAAAAUGCAUUUCAACCACACAACUCCCCACAUUUCACCCUCAAAACCCAAAGCUGGAUUUCCUGGUUACUAUGCACUCAUCCCCCUUGUCCUAAUCACACUGAUUGGAUGUGUAAUAGCAAUGGUUGUUUAUAUCAGAAGGAAGUCAAGAUUAGAUGAGUUGCGGCAUAGGCUGAUUCCUCUGUACAGCUACGACCCCACAGAGGAAGAGGACCAGUGGGAGGACGCCGGCAGGGAGGAGGAGGAGCUGGCUGAACCUUUGUAUAAGGAGGGAAAGCUCUCCUUUUCAUCUCACUAUGGGUUAUGA